AUCCUCGGAAACUAUCAAAAUCGGCGCAUUAAAUUCCAACGGUGGGAUGUCAUCAUUAGCUAUUGCAUCGUGAUCUCAAGGCUUCUACUCUACGAAAUUGACACGUCCUGGUGUUAAUAUGGGUGAUUUGGUCGACUCAAAAGAGAUUAAAAAGACUUCCGUCGUUCCAACGAUUAAGUCCUUUGAGCACUAUGAUUUCAACAGGGCUAAAAUCUCCUCGAGCCUCACAUGGCUGGCUUCCAAAGCCUAUGGGGCAGGUGGGGUCCCGGCGGAGUUGAGGGAGCCGUUCUACACGGACCAAUAUGACCAGGAGCACCUCAAGCCGCCCAUGGUGGCCCUGCUUCUCUCUGGGGAGCUGUACGGCCGCGCCGCCUCGCGCAUCCUGCAGCACGGUGGCGCCCCCGAUGGCCAGGAAGCCCUACUGCGGGGCCACGAGGCCGUGAUCCAGGCCCUGGCACAAAGGGGACUCUACGUGGCCGACCAGGAGAGACUCGUCACCGAGAGGGACCUCAGCAAGAGGCCCGUACAGAUGAGUGCCCAUCUGGCCCUGGUGGACGGUCUGAUGAUGGCCUACACACUAGAGAUGGUGAGCGUGGAGAAGGUGGUGACCUGCCUACUGCAGUACGCCAGCAUGUACCCCGAUGGAGACACGCCAUACGACACGGAGGAUGCCAUCACCAGCUGGGUCAACAAGGUGAAUGAGUACCUGAAGGACAUCAUUACCCAUGAGCAGCGGCGAAGGGAGAGCCAGGGCGCCGCCGAGCCUGCUGGGAGUCCACGGGCACGCUAUCGUAAGGAGCAGGUAUUGCCCCAGACGGCUCAGUGGAUCCCCCCGGUGGACAACCUGCUGAAGGACACCACAGACGGCUCGGCCCUCGCUGCACUGCUGCACUUCUACUGUCCAGACAUAGUCAGGCUGCAGGACGUGUGCCUGAAGGAGAGCAUGACGCUAGCGGACCGGCUGUCCAACCUGCAGCUGGUGCAGGACUUCUGCAGGGAGAAGCUGGACACAUGCUGCCACUUCACACUGGAGGACAUGCUCUACGCCAACUCAUCCAUGAAGAAUAACUACUUGGCAUUUAUGGCAGAGCUCUUCUCCUGGUUCGAAGUAGUGAAGCCCCCUUUUGUACAGCCACAAGUUCUAGAGACUGAAGAGCCGACCUCUGCCCUGAAGAAGCUGACUCCUGUGCCCAUCUCCAAUGCCACCAAGAGGAGCUUUAUGGAGAGGCCGCCCAGCCCAGAGAGGCCCAGCCUGCCCCUCAGACCCCAGCCAAGGACAUCGAUGAACUCAGGUGAGAUUAAGAGGUCCACCUCCAUGUCCUUUGUGGAUGGUUGCCUGGGGACGUGGCCCAAAGAGAAGAGGGCCGCCACUCAAGGCGUCUCCUUCGACAUCCCCUUCGACAGUAACGAGGACGAGGAGCCCGGUGCGAUGCCCUCGCUGUCCAGCAGGGGCAUGACCAGGUCGGUGAGCAGCGAGGGACUGGGUGGCUUCAAUGUGCACCAGAUGCCGCGGGGCCUGAAGAGGAACCUCUCCUUCCAGCCCGUCAACGGCACCAGCGUGGGCAUCGAGGAGGAGGGCUGCCCAGACAGCCUGGCCGGCCCGGAGCACGUCAGGAGACCCAGGCAGCCUCGGCCCCACCCCCAUCCCCGCCUCAGCCUGCCGCCCUCCAACGGACUCUCACUGGACACCCACCACGGCCAUGGUAAUGGCAUGGCCACCCCCAGCAUCGAGGAGGCAUUGGAGAUCAUCCACAGCCCCCCGGCCCACCGGCAGCGGCCGCCCCAGAACGGAGGCUCCAGCCCGGGCUUCUUCCUGCACCUCGGGGGCCCCCGCCUGGAUCUCGACGCCAAGGCCGGAGGAGGAGGAGGAAUGGCGUCCGAGGGUGACCUCGACAUGGAACUGGAUGACCUGGACUCUGUGUCAAGGUCGUCCAAGGGCGCGACGGACACCACGGAGGUGGACACAGGCAUCCACGUGCGCACGGAGGACAUCCAGGAGACGUUGGAUGAGGACCAGGACUCCUCUCUUAGGGACUGCACCACCGCCAGCAUCGACCUGGACAUGGACCAGGAGUACGAGGGCCGGACCAGCGCCAGCCAAGGCUCCACCAGCCCCUGCCCCAGCAGGUCACCUGGCAGCAGUGGCACCCCCUCAUCAUCCCUCACCGGUGCCGGCAUGAAGAUGACCAGCUUCGCCGAGCAGAAGUUCCGCAAGAUCGUACCCGAUGGUAAAGAGAACAUCAGUGGCGGUGGCGGCAGUCUAACAGGCUCCCCAAAGAGCACCCCCUGUGGGUCUGGAGUGGAAAACAGCGGCAGUGGCGUCCAGCACUCGGUAUCCUGGGCCCCUCUAACGCCGGAAGGUAGCCCCGCCUACUUACCACUGAGCCAACCGCCACGUGACCCGGCGCAGGCCAUGGCUGCGGAGAUGGUGCAGCUGCGCAUGCGACUGGAGGAGAAGCGUCGCGCCAUCGAGGCGCAGAAGAGGAAGGUGGAGGCGGCCUUCACGCGCCAUCGCCAGAAGAUGGGACGCAGCGCCUUCCUGGACGUGGUGCGACGCCGCGGAGACGAGACGCCGUCGCCCACCAAGGAGGAGGCACAGGAGAAGAUGGCAGCUGCAACCACCGCCUCAGCCACCGGGGGCAGUACUGAGUCUCCACUGCAGCCCAGUAAGCCCCAACAGCAGCAGCAGCAGCCUCAGCCCGCGGCUCUGCGGUCUCCAGGCGGAGGGGACGAGGGGGUGGUGACGGAGGCCGACCUGCUGGAGUACACCCGCUCCAUCGACAAGCUGAACUCCUCGCUGAACUUCCUGCAGACGGAGAUGCAGCGUCUGGCGCAGCAGCAGGAAGUGAUCAUGCAGAUGAGGGAGCAGCAGCAGCAUCCCCACUGGGUCAUCUCCCACUCCCCACAGAGGCUGGCACGCACCGCCUCUACCAUCGCCACGCGAUCCUCAGGUUCCCCCUCCCCCGCCGACUCCCCGCGCUCCGCCCAUCGCUCCCCCACCAGCCUGCGCCGCAAGUCGGCCUCCUUCCACUCCAAGACGACGCGCGCGCCGCGGCCCAGCGAGCUCAAGAUCGCCCCCUUCAGCCGAGUGGUGACGGCGCCGCUGUCUGUGGACAGCAUCCCGCGACUGAAGAGGUUCUCGCCCAGCCAACCAGAGCCCAGCUGCUUUGUUUACAUGGCAGAGGGCCGUAGGAAGCAGAGAGCGGCAGCUAAGGCCGCCGAGAAGGACCAAGACUCCUUGACUUCCUCCUCCGCCGCCAUGUCGGACUCGGAGCUCCUGUCCCCCGACGGCAGCGUGACCAGCAGCAUCAGCGCCAUGGAGCUGCUCACCGACCAAUCAAACAUCAGAGACGGAGAGAAGGACCAAUCAGAAGCCAUAGAGGAACAGGAAGUGACAGCAACAGUGGUGGGCAGGUCAAAGGUCAAGCCGGCGCGGGAGUCCUCGGUUUCGGAGGUGCUGAGCCAGAAGGUCACGGAGAAGGUCAUCGUCACGCCAACGGAGGCUCCGCCCCCUGACUUCCUGUCCCAGGGGAAGGGGAACCUGAUCGAGGUGCCGCUGUCGGUGCUGAAGCCUCUGGACGGCUCGGCUCUGGAGGAGAGCACAGCGGAGCAGAGCAGCACCACCGAGGGACUCACUGACGACCAGAAAACGAGCUGCGGGUUCUUCUUUAAGGACGACAUGAAGGGGGAGUCGGACAUGGCGUUGAAGCGCGCCGCCCUCCUGGAGAAGAGACAGAAGAGGGAGAGGGAACAGCAGCAGCGGAAACAACAGCUGGAGGCAGAACUGGAGCAAAAGAAGGAAGAGGCCAGAGUGAAAGCGGAGGAGGAGCGUGUUAAGAAGGAGGAGGAGCGUGCUCGUCGUGAGUUCAUAAAGCAGGAGUACCUGCGCAGGAAGCAGCUGAAGCUGAUGGAGGACAUGGACACCGUCAUCAAGCCCCGCCCCGCCAGCGCCAAGCAGCGCCGGCCACGCCCCAAGUCCAUACACCGCGACGUGCUGGACUCACCGCGCAUGUCCGUCAGGGACGGGGCGGACUCCCCGCGCACACCAAUCAGGGCCGCCGCAGGGUCACGCCGUCGUGUCUUUUCAGUGUCCAGCCUCUCUCUGGCAUCGCUCAACCUGGGAGACGACAACAUGGCCUCCGACAAACGCACUGGCAGGCCCGAGUCCGCGGACGGCUGUCUGUCUCCCACGCGCUCCUGCAGCCGCAACGGGGAGAAGGACUGGGAGAACGCCUCCACCACCUCCUCCGUUACGUCCAACACAGAGUACACUGGUCCAAAGCUGUAUAAGGACCUAAGUGCCAAGUCCAACAAGCACAUCAUCCAGAACGCUCUGGCCCACUGCUGCCUGGCCGGCAAGGUCAACGAGUCGCAGAAGAAUAAGAUCAUUGAGGAAAUGGAGAAAUCGGAGGCCAACAACUUCCUGAUCCUGUUCCGUGACUCCGGUUGCCAGUUCCGCUCGGUCUACACGUACUGCCCCGAGACGCAGGAGGGCACCAAGCUGACGGGCAUCGGGCCCAAGACCAUCGGCCCCAAGAUGAUCGAGCUGCUCUACAAGUACAACUCCGACAGGAAGCAGUUCAGCCAGAUUCCCGCCAAAACCAUGUCAGCCAGCGUGGACGCCAUCACCAUCCACGGCCACCUGUGGCAGACCAAGAAGCCCGGCACGCCCAAGAAGGCAGUGCCCUCGCAAGCAGCCAAGUCAUAACACACACACACACACACACGCCCAAGAAGGCAGUGCCCACGCAAGCAGCCAAGUCAUAACACACACACACAAACACACACACACACGCCCAAGAAGGCAGUGCCCGCCGCACAAGCAGCAAAAGUCAUUACACACACAAACACACACAAAGAGGAAAGCAGUGCCCGCCCAAGCCAAGUCAUAGUAUACAUAGUACACGCACACACACACGCCCAAGAAGGCGUCCUACUCCUAGUACACAAACUUUCUCUAAUAUGCGUCCUAGUACUGUCUCCCCCUCUCCUUCCAACUCUCCCUCUCACUCACUUCCUGUCGUUUCUUCUUUAUCUCUUCUUUUUCUUUUUUGAAUGUGUUGUCGUACAUUUUGCACUUCACUGUAGAUACCACAUACGGCUCACACAGGCACUUGGCGUAUUCUCUUCUCUCUCUCCCUCUCUCUC